UGUUUUUUCAGAUUGUUUUGUUAUCUGGGAGUGUGUUGUUACUAUGAUGCACCAUAAUAUGCAAUAGCUAGACCUAAGUUCGGAAGUUGUUCUUGCCCAGUUAUAUUUAUUGAAGCUGUUAUAAAUUAGUUCUUCGAUAAAAAUUUGAUGUAAUCAAUUUGGACUGUACAAUGGCUAACAAUGAUCCUAAUUAUCCUCUCACAACAACAAUUGUACGUCUACUUCAUGAUAAGCUGUAUGAAAAGCGAAAGAUUGCUGCGUUAGAAAUAGAAAAAAUCAUUCGAGCCUUGGUGCUUGAGAGAAGAAAUGAUGAUGUUAAAAAAGCAAUCACAUUGUUGACAAGUGAUUUUACUCUUUCAAAUAAUUCGAAUAGUAGGAAAGGUGGUUUGAUUGGACUUGCGGCUUGUGCUAUUGCACUUGGCAGUCAGGAUAUCACACAAUACUUGGAUGAAUUGAUUAAUCCUGUAUUAAUUUGUUCAAUGGAUGCAGAUAACAGAAUUCGGUAUUUUGCUUGUGAAUCUCUAUAUAACAUUGUUAAAGUUUCAAGAGCAGAUACAAUGCCUUUCUUUAAUAAACUUUUUGAUGCAAUGAGCAAGCUAACUGCUGAUCCGGAUCCUAAUGUACGAAAUGGUUCGGACUUGCUUGAUCGUUUACUCAAGGACAUUGUGACAGAAUUUCCAGCUUUUGAUGUUGCUGGAUUUAUGCCGUUGUUAUGUGAUAGAAUUUAUACGAUGAAUCAAUACACAAGGCGAUUUCUGAUUCAGUGGUUGAUCUGCCUUGAUUCUGUGCCUGAAAUCAACAUUCUGAUAUAUUUACCCAAAUUCCUGGACGGUAUGUUUCAAAUACUUGGUGACACGAGCAUGGAGAUUAAAAAAAUGUGUGAAACGACACUGGAUGAGAUUUUACAAAAUAUUAAAAAAGAUCCAGAAUCAGUCAAGUUCAAUGAAAUGGUUAAUAUUGUCAUCGUACAUUGCCAAUCUCAAGAUGAUUUCAUCAAGGUAAAGGCUUUGUUGUGGAUGCAGGAAUUCAUAAAACUUGCCGGUCCAAUUGUUCUACAAUAUGCAUCUGGUGUGGUGGGUGCAGUGCUACCAACACUUGCAUAUGAAGAUUUAAUGCAUAAUAGUGUGCAUGAAGCUGCAAAAUCUGCCAAUUCAAGUUUAAUGAAAUUGAUUGAUAAUUCUUGUGAUAAAUCUGAAGGAUCGAGUGGCGAGGACAGUCCACUGCCUUUGAACGACAUGUUUCAAGUAUUUACAAGAUAUUUACAACAUCAAUCAACUUCAACUAAAACUGCUGUUAUCAGAUGGAUAACUCAUUUGUUGGUGCAGAUUCCAUACAGGACAUUCAUGUAUAUUGAUGAAAUCUUCACACAUUUAAUGAAUACCUUGGCGGAUUCUUCUGAUCACGUUGUGUUACUGGCUUUGGAAUGUCUUGCAGAACUUGCAUCAUCAGCAGCUGGGACUCCCAUGACAGGAUCGACAGGAAACACUUCAUCAUCGACUACUCUCGUUCUAAAUGAAUAUUUUCGAAGGUUGAUGGUUUUUCUGUUGAAUAUGUUUAAAACUGACAAACAAUUUAUGGAAAACAGAAGUUCUUUUGUUGUAAGGCAGCUUAGUCUGUUGUUGAAUGCAGAAAACGUUUAUAGAGUGUUUGCUGAAAUUUUAUUGAAGCAAGAAGACGAUUGUAAAUUCGCUUCUUUAAUUGUGCAAAUAUUUAACAUUAUUUUGAUGACGUCCAGUGAGCUUUUUGAAUUACGGAAUCAACUGAAAAAGGGAGAUUCAAAGGACAGCUCACAAUUAUUUUGUUGCCUUUACAAGAGUUGGUGCCAUAAUCCGGUAGCUACUGUUUCUUUGUGUUUAUUGACUCAGAAUUACAAACAUGGAUGUGAUCUACUUAUGAAAUUCGCUGAUUUAGAAGUUACUGUGGAUUUUUUAACGGAAGUCGACAAACUUAUUCAACUUUUAGAAUCUCCUAUUUUUACAUAUUUACGCCUUCAGUUAUUAGAUGUAGAAUCGAAUCAACAUUUAGUGAAAUGUAUGUAUGCAUUAUUGAUGUUACUGCCUCAAAGUCGUUCCUUCGAAAUUCUUCAACAUAGAUUAUCAUGCCUUCCCACUCCGCAGUUGGUUUCCCAUUUAAGUUCAAAAGAAGUCAAAAAUAACAAGAAGAAGGAUAUACCUACUGUGACGGGGAAUAGCUCACCUGAUGUAGAUUUUGACCAAUUGUUCAAGCAUUUUGUGUCCAUACAAGAGCAGCAUAUAGCAUAUAAAAAACAAAAGAGACUCAAGGCAUCUAACAGCACAACUGAUGCAGUAUAACUAGGAUGCUUAAUAUACUUCUAAUUAAUCAUAUCUUCUAUAAUUAAGAACCCUUUAGUGUUUUGGUUUUAUACGAUUCCAAUCAUAAUUUGGACCAAAUUAAAUUUUCGAAUCUUGAUAUUGUUUUUGAUUUGGCGAAGUUUAGUAUUAUAUUUAUGCAGUAUAUAUUAUAACACAAAGUGUGUGUUAAUCACUUUAUUAAAAUAAUAUAAUAUAUAAAGACUGCCUGAUUUGGAGUUUUAAAAUCUGUAUGCUUAAUAAAUAAAUAUCCCGGACAAUUUUCUGCAAAUAUGAUUGUACAAUUUCGUGAUUUUAUUUAUUUGAAAUAUAGGACACCUUAUUUUCUGAUUCUUGCAGGUAAGUCUUUUCCCCUGCAUAAGCACGUGCUCUUCUGCCAAUCUUAUUUUUGUCAUAUUGUUUGUGGUGCCUGGUAAGUAAUGCAGUUUUUGUCUUUUUUUAUUGUUUUAGCAGUUUAUAAGGUGCAGAGUAUAUCGCUAUCCUUGCAGUUUUUGUCUGUGGAUUCAAGUUUGGCAUGAUGUUUUUAUUUUAUUAGAGUCAAAUUCAUGUUUCCCAACCACCCGAAGCCAAAGUUUUGAUUUUUUCAGAGUCAGAAUUUCAGAUUUUUAAUGGUGAUAAUUUAAGUCAAAACUCCUGACUGAAAUCGAAAAAGCCCAGAGUUGUCCAAGCAUUCUCAAUAGACACUUGAAGAAGGCCUGAAUAUGGCAAAGUUUUUUUUUACAAAAUCUGUCAUAUUAUUUGUCAUUUUUUGAAGAAACCCUUCUACUCUGUGUUUUAUUUUAAGUGAAUUUGAGUCUUAUGCAAUAGGUGCAAUUUCAAAGUCUAUGGUUCCAAUGUUAUUAAUGGAUCUACCCUACCUGUUUUGGUAGAGAUAUAGCCUGGAAUGAAAUUGUGCUAAAAUGUAACCACAGGGUUACUGUGAGGCAUGAUAUAUCCUGACGUGAAUGGCACUGCCUUCUACUAAAAUCUAUGGUAUUUAAAAUGAAUAUUGUUUUUGUGCAAUAAAUAUAUCAUUAAAGAAACCUGG